AUGUAAAAACUCUAUCCUUACUAAGUAAUCUCUCCUGAUGAUGAUUAUACAGAUAUCCGUAAUUUACAAUCUAAAAAGUCCCUUCCAAAAUCUGAAUAACAGAUGAGAUUUAAUUCCGAUCUUGACAAAUGUGGAGAAGUUACAGUUCCUUAAAAUGACAGAGACAAGGGAAAAGAUUCUGAUUUACAUAUAUAUGCAUAAUAUUUAAAUAAUGAUUAAUUAUCUUUUGUAGCCUAUGCUGCUAAUUGUUAAUUUGUGUAUAAGGUAGGACCUUCUCAUGGUUAAAUUACUUUUAAUUUGGGUUAAUUAGAAAAAAAAGAUUUAAGUUAAUAAUUUAUAUUUUAAGAUAUAUUAGAAAUAGUUAUCCAUGAAAUGACUCAUGUUUUGGGUUUUACACAACACUCUAUACCUUUAUGGAUAUAAUCAGAUAAAAGCUCUUAUGUUGAACCUACUAUAAAAAAAAAAUUUAGGGAAAUUGAUACUUUAUUUCUCAAAACUCCUAAAGUUUUGCAGUUUGCUCGAAAAUAUUUUAAUUGUCCUUCCUUAACUGGUGUGCCUCUUGAAAAUUUAGGAGGCCCAGGUUCUGCAAAUUCACAUUGGAAAAAUACAAUAAUCAAUGGCGAAUAUAUGAAUUCAUAAUAAUAACCUUUAUAGUCAUAUUUUAGUGGUUUUACAGCCAAUCUUUUAAGAGACACAGGCUUCUAUGAGGAAAUAAAAGAAUCUAUGGAAGAAGAUAUAUUCUAUGGGAAAGGAGCAGGCUGUCAACACGUCACUGGUUAAUGUAAUUGUACUAAAAAUGAAUUUUGCAUUCCUAUAAAAGAAUAAGAUUUAUGUGAUUUCUACCAUAUUGGAGCAUCAAAUUGUAUUGCUGGUUAAUUUAAUGAACCUAAUUGUUUAUGUUAUAAAUAUGAAUGCAGUUCUAACGGAUAAUUAGUGACUAUUCAUGUAGGAAAAUAAAAAGUUGUUUGCACAAAAAAUUUAGAAAAGAUGCAAGUUAAUGGAUAUGAUGGAACUAUUUGUGUUUGUAAUAAAGGAUACUUUGGAAACGAUUGUAGUUUAACAAAACCUAUAUUAAAAGCAUGA